AUGGCUUUCUUACAUACACACUCACGCGAAUGUUUAAAAUCUGAGCUCGAACUUUUUUCGCUACCACCUACGCAAACUACGAUCGAGGGAUCAAAUUGGGUGCACUAUAAGCCUAUUUCCUCUCUAACAGAUGAUUCUCCGAUAGAAUUCGUCGUUCCCGGACAAGGUGAUGAGUACAUCGAUCUCGCUCAUACCAUGUUAAGUCUUCGUGUGCAAAUAAAAACUCCAUCUACCUCUUUGCAAGCUGAAGGAUCGAAAGAUGCGCCCAAGGAAUUACCAGAAAUUGCCCCUGUAAACAAUUUACUACACUCCAUGUUUAAUCAAGUGGAUGUGUAUUUAAAUCAAAAACUCGUUUCACCACCGAAUAACGCUUAUGCAUACCGUGCUUACAUAGAAACAUUGUUAAAUUAUGGGCCUGCGGCCAAAAAAUCUCACUUGACUUCCGUUUUAUGGAGUGAUGAUACUCCAGGGAAAAUGGAUGAUACGAGUUUUAAAAAUAAUAUCGGCUUGCGAGAAAGAGCAAAACUACUAUCAGCUGGAAAAACAGUCGAUUUAAUUGGACAUUUACAUUGUGAUAUUUUCAAUCAAGAACGUUUCCUUUUAAAUGGUGUAGAAAUGCGUCUGCGACUUGUGAGAGCAAGAGACUCGUUUUGUCUAAUGAGCUCUCAACCGGAUAUUUCAUGUGGCUUGAAUAUAAGCGAAGCUACAUUAUUAGUAAGACGAACAAAAAUUGCACCAGGAGUUUUACUCUCUCAUGCUCGUGCAUUGGCAAAAACAACAGCAAAAUACCCUCUUACACGCGUUGAAGUUAAAGCCAUUUCGCUACAUGGAGGAGUGCAUGGAGAAACGAUUGACAACAUCGUGCUUGGGCAACUUCCAAAACGAAUCAUAAUCGGAUUUGUCGAUAAUCGAGCAUAUAAUGGAAACGUUCAAAUGAAUCCGUUCAAUUUUCAAAACUAUAAAAUCAAUUACCUCUCAUUAUAUGUGGAUGGGGCGCAAGUACCUUCUCGACCUCUGCAACCUGAUUUCACCCAAAAUAAUCUUUACAUUGAUGCCUAUCAUACAUUAUUUUCUGGUACAGGAAUACAUUUUUUGAACGAGGGUAACUCAAUCAAUCGAGAAAAUUAUCCAAGGGGUUAUUGUCUCUUCGCAUUUGACUUGACACCUGAUCUUUCCGCGAAUAUCAGUUCGCAUUGGAAUUUAGUGAAACAUGGAAGUGUGAGAAUCGAGGUACGAUUUGCCGAGGCACUCGCUUCUACUGUAAAUUGUAUAGUAUAUGCAGAAUAUGAUAAUGUUCUGGAGAUCGAUGCCUCGCGUCAAGUAAUUGCUGACUUCAGCGGUUGA